GAAGAUAUAAUUGAGUUUAAAUGAUAUUAUAUAAUCUUGAAGAUCUCAUGGAUCUACGACGACGGUGGAUUCAAAGAAUUCGGCUUUUUUAACGGAUCGAAUUACCCAUUUGGUUUCUCCUUUUUUUUUGGCUUUUCAGUGUAUGUGAUCUUCUUCUUCUCUCAGCGAGCUUUAGCUUAUUUAGUGCUAAUCACGCUACAGUGUUUUUUUUUUUUAGCCAAGUCGGAAUAGUAGUUAGUAAGUAAGUACAAUGGUAUGGAAACACAUUAGUAAAAUAAAGAGAAAAUUGGAAAUAAAGAUUAUAUAAUUAUGUUUGGUCAAGUGGUCAUACAAGUUUUAACUAUAUUCGAAAACCCUAACGGAGAUGAGUCGUCUCAUUUUAAAUUGACGGCUAAGUCUCCGUCUCGGAGCCGGACUUGGAUUCUUUACAAGUUCUCUUCUGAUUUUGUGCUUAGAGAACAGUAUGGGAAUCCUUGGAAUGAGAUUCGUACUGGUAAAUUGGUUGAAGAUCUUGAUGCUCUUGCUGGAACCAUCUCCUUCAAGCAUUGCGGUGGUGACAGCAGUGCAAGAUCAAUGAUUUUGGUGACUGCUUCAGUGGAUAGGAUUAUCAUGAAAAAAUCAAUUCGUGUGGAUGUUGACCUUAGUAUUGUUGGUGCUGUUACAUGGGUUGGAAGAUCAUCCAUGGAGAUGCAAUUACAAGUAAUUCAAAGUCAAGAUGCCAACGACUCCUCAGAGUCAGUUGCCCUUGAAGCAAACUUUACAUUUGUGGCUCGGGAUGCAAAGACAGGUAAGUCAACUCCAAUUAACCCCGUCUCGCCAGAGACUGAACAUGAAAAAUUGCUAUGGAAAGAAGCAGAAGAAAGGAACAAGCUACGAAAACAAAAGAGAGCAGAAAUUAAAGAAGAGCAUGAGAAGUUGAAGGACUUAGAGAGGCUAGACGAGUUAUAAGCAGAAGGACGAGUUUUCAUGGACAUGCCAGCUCUUGCAGAUCGGAACAGCAUCCUGAUCAAAGAUACUUCCCAUGAAUACUCAUUGAUAUGCCAGCCACAGCAACGAAAUAUUCAUGGUAGAAUUUUUGGUGGCUUCUUGAUGCGCAAAGCUUUUGAGCUGGCCUUCUCCAAUGCUUACACCUUUGCUGGAGUUUCACCACGUUUUCUUGAAGUUGAUCGUGUCGAUUUUAUCAAACCAGUGGAUGUUGGCAACUUCCUUCGUUUCAAGUCACGCGUAUUGUACACAGAAGCUAACAAUUCAGCUGAACCAUUGAUAAACACCGAGGUUGUAGCUCAUGUUACAAGUCCAGAGCUCAGGUCCAGCGAAGUAUCCAACAGGUUCUACUUCACCUUCAGUGUAAGACCUGAGGCCAUGAAAGAUGGAUUGAGAAUAAGAAAUGUGGUACCAGCAACAGAAGAAGAAGCUAGAAGAGUGAUCGAGCGUAUGGACGCAGAGAGACCCAUCUCAUUAGAACCAAGAGAAAAACCCCAGUCUAACUAAAAUUAUGAAUAAGAAAGGAUUAAUUAAUACGACAGAAUAAAACUUCUAAUCAUUUGUUGAACCUUCUAAUAAUUUUUUUUUGUCAACCAAAGAGAUAAAUGUUUUCGAAUGCUCCUAAGUCCUAACUAACCUGCACUAUAAUACCACAUCAUACGGUAUUGUGUUGACUAGUGUUUGUAUGACCAACCCAAAUCAUAUGAGAAAAGUCACCUUGAAAUUGCUUUUUAUUACCGAAUUGAAUGCAGU